AUGACAUUUCGAGGCAAGGCUGGCAUAUAUGCUAUAGCUGUCUUGUUGCGAUUGGUUCUUUUCUUCGCCUUCCCUGGCUUGCCCGAUCUGCUCACUGGUCGCGUCGAGAUCUCAACCCCAGUCACGAGCUUCAAAAGAUUGGAAGAAGGACUGUUUCUUUACAACCAUAAUGUUUGGCCAUAUGACGGAGGUGUCUACCACCAAGCACCAUUACUUCUUCCCUUGUUCUCGCUGCUCCCCGAUUCAAAAUCCUGGCCGAUCUUCACGCCGCUCUUAUACAUCCUCAUCGAUUUACUCAGCGCCGAUGCGCUUGUGAAGAUUGCAGCUUCUGGGGAGGCUGGCAAGUCGAGGCUAUUUACAUCGCCGCGACGAGGCAAGGGGUCAACUGGGCUGGUCAUUGCUGCGGCGUUCUUAUUCAACCCAUUGACAAUAGCGAGCUGCGUCGGACGAACUACAAGUGUAUUCACCAAUUGCGCCAUUCUAUAUGCCAUCGCCAAGGCAGUACAAGGCUUUUCUUUCCACGCCAUGGUCGCGCUAUCCUUUGCCAGCUACCUCUCAAUGUAUCCGGUGCUUCUUCUACCCCCGCUGGUUCUUCUUGCAUACGAUAGAAGGGCUUCUCAAAAAACGUCAGUCCUGAAGUUCUCGGCCGUCAAUGUGCUGGUGGUGGCAGGGUGUCUAUCCGUGCUGCUUGGCAUGUCAUAUGCGCUGACGGGUAACUCUUGGGAGUUCCUGGCGCGUACAUAUGGCAUCCAGCUCACUUUGACGGAUCUUACGCCUACUGUUGGUCUUUGGUGGUACUUCUUUAUCGAGAUGUUCGACUCCUUCCGCUCAUUCUUCCUUGCGCUUUUCUGGCUUCACCUUGCAUCCUAUGUCGGUGGCUUAUCUAUCCGUCUCCGAACUCAGCCCCUGGCCGCUUUAGCCGUGCUCCUGGGGAUAUUCUCUAUUUUCAAACCAUACCCAUCGAUUUCCGACGCCAGUCUCUUCCUGGGGCUGUUUUCGCUCUACACUCACCUCCUCCCCCUGAUGAGGUACACCUACGUCGCCUCGGCGACCCUCAUGUAUGCUAGUUUCCUCGGCCCGGCAUUCUAUCAUCUGUGGAUUUACGCUGGCAGCGGAAACGCCAAUUUCUUCUAUGCUAUAACAUUGGUUUGGAGCUUAGGACAGAGUCUUUUGGUGUCUGACCUCACCUUUGCCGUUCUCAGAGACGAAUGGGAGGUUGAGAGACCCGAAAUGGUUGGAAAGGAAGCGAAACAAAUAUAG